UAAAGGUAAAAAGAAGCUCCAGAAUUCCUGAUUAAACACCACAUAGAGAGAGAGAGCGAAGAGAUACCCAAUCCCAAUCUCAUCUCCAUUCUCACUCCCUCUCUCUCUCUCACUUCCAUUUUUUCUUCUUUUUCUAUAGGCUGCUUAUAGUUUACAGCUUAUUAUUAUUUUGAAAUGUUAGGCCUGAACAAGGCACAAAGCACCACGACCUUUUUACAUAUCUCUUUCCCUUUUUCUUCUCCUAUGUGAAAAGGGAAUCAUCAUUAUCGAACCAGUUUCAAGGUCGUCUCCCUUCUAACUCCCAUUCCCACCUUCACUUUUCCUUUGAAAAGAAGUGUCUAAAAGGUAAAACAAAACCUCAUCAUUAGACGUAAAACCAACCGGAUAAAAAUAACAUGGUUGCUUUUCCCCUCGUUUCCACCUUUUUUCUAUUAUUUUCUUUCACUUUCUUCCCUCAUUCUCUCGCCGGUUUCCUAGCUCAACCGGUUCCCGGUUCCGAUGAGCCGUUAAAGCCUGGAGGCUACUCAUCCCCAAACACGGUCCCCGCAUUCCCUGCUCAAACCCAAGCUCAAAUUUGCCGGCUUGACUUGUCAGCCGAGCUAUUCGGCGGUGUCAACGACGCCUGUGGCCACAACCUGGACAGAAGCCGCUGCUGUCCCGUCUUAGCAGCGUGGCUGUUUGCAGCUCACGCCAGGUAUGCUUUGGAGGUCACGGCUCCUGCUCCAGCGGAAUCGGAGUUGCCGGAGCAGCCCAUGAGGCCGGACGAUUCGCAAAAGUGUGUGAACUCGUUACAAGACUCAUUGUUAAGUAAGCGUGUGAGGAUUCCUCAACCAAACGCCAGUUGCGAUGCGAUUUUAUGUUUUUGUGGGAUAAGGCUUCACCAGAUUAGUUCCUUGAGUUGCCCGGCUGCGUUUAACGUUUCCGGCCACCACCGAAAUGCAACACCCACUGCUGCUGUGAAAAAUUUGGAGAAGAAUUGCAGGAACUCUACUUAUGCUGGGUGUACCAAAUGCCUCGGUGCUCUCCAAAAGCUCAAAGGCGGAUACAACAAGAACGGAACGCAAGACAAGAGCACCACCGACAGAGCCAGCAAGAUGUUCAACCGAGACUGCCAGCUCAUGGGGCUGACAUGGCUUCUUGCACGCAACAAAACGGCCUACAUACCUACCGUUUCAGCCGUGCUGAGGGCCAUAAUGUACAGUGCGCACCCUCACGAGUCCAAGUGCAGCCCUGAUCAAGAGAACAUGCCCUUAGCAGUUGAUUCUCUUCAGUUCGAGAAGGCUCAGUCGUCCUCACCAAAGUCACCACCGUCGUGGGCGUCUUUUACGUUCCCGGUUCUGCCCCCUAUCAUUUUGGGUUUACUAUUUGGGUAGCGGCGGUGGGUGACAAUGUGGUUUUUGCCGGUUGCUGCCUCUUACUAUAUUUUUUUGGUAGUCAUCUGAGACUGUCGGGGAUUCACGUGAAGCUUUGUUAGGUAACAGACAGUGAGAAACGGGCUAAUGCGGGGUCGUUUUGUCUUCUUGUCCAUUGUACAUUUCAGCUUGUUUUCAGAUUUGUUUGACAUUAUGUAACUGAGGAAGUCGAGGUCGAGAACAAGGAACAGUCUUCUAUUAAUGUGUAGUUACAAUUAUUCAA